AAAUCCCCCUCAAUCAUUUAUUCGACCUUUGGUUGCUUGAACCAAACAAAGCCAGUUAAGCUGGGAAAAGUGGCCGACACUAAUCAUAUUUGAAAUGAAGUCGUGCACUUUGCUGUUUGUCUUCUUUUUAGGAGUUUGUUGGGCGGAAAUUGAGAUUCCGAACAUUCCCAUGAGCUUAGAUGAUAUACCAGAAAUUAAGAGAAGAUGCGAGGAAAAAGGCAAAAGUGAUACCUACGAACGUGUAAAGAUAGCCAUCAAUGAAACACGUACAUGUCUUGAGGGGCAAAUCAGCCCGAGUAAAAUCAAGGAAGAACUGGAAGAGGCGAAAAAAACCGGCUCUAUGGACGAGGUCUUUGGAAAAUACUGCAACAAGCGCCAAGACUACAAAAACUGCAUCUUCAAGACUGUCAAUGUUACCAAAGAAUGUCUGGAGGAAGUUGAAAUCAACCAUAUUAACUCCGCUGUAAAGGUCAUCGAAGAAAUUGCAGAUUUCGCCUGUUAUAGAGACGGAGAUCGGCUUGCAAUGUUUGUGGCUGAAGGAGGAGUGGAAUGUGUGUCAUCCCGUACCGAGCAAAUCAAAGACUGUGUCAAUGGCACUUUUAAAAUUGAUACCAGCAAUCUUAGUCUCACUUCCUUGCCCACUCUUCCAUUUUCAUUGAAAAUUGAUAAGGAUAAAUGCGACAAACUAUCAGAUAUUCAACAAUGUGUAGUAAACGACUUGGAAUCCAACUGCAAAGACACCACACCAGCCAAUAUAGUAGAUGCUCUGUUCAAAUACGUGAAGAAACUGACUUGUAAGAACAUCAAGAAAAGAAGUAUGUUAGAAAUAUUACUCUGAACUACCCACAGUCUUUCUGUCUCAGAAUUAUUAUAAAACAUCUCUUUUUUAAUACACAAUUUCCCUAAA